ACAGCACUCAUUAAAUGAAAUGUAAUUAAAUUAAAUUAAAUCUGCCGGCAAACUGACGGGUAAUUGCGUUCUUUAUUGUUAGAAUAUUAAGAUUUUCGCAACCGCAUUUAAUAAGUGAAUUGACGUAACCUUGAUAGAUGUUUGUAAGGACAUUCACCCUUGGGUUGGGAAGGUUCAACAUUCCUCUGUAGUGUUCAGGGGAGGGCUGAAAAUAUAAAGACCCCGCCAUAAACUAAAAGAUGCGAGUGAUCAGUUUGGAGUUUCCAGUAGAAGCUGCAGAAGUUACAGGAACGUCAUCAUGAGCCGCAGUCAAGAAAGGAUGUCCUCAUACCGCCGGCAUUUCGAGAGUACCUUUGUGGCCCCUCCAGCUUACCAGCUGCGUGUGUCCAGUCCCUCUCCCACCCGCACUAGGGAGACCCGGCACCGGUCGGCUAGCUUCACUCGGCGUGGUGGGACGAUGGGGCGAAUGGCCAUCUCCGCUAAAGCUGACAUGACCAGUGUGAGUAUGGGAGCUAUGUGCUUCGGUAUGACUAAGGGAUUUGGGCCGAAACUGGACCUGGAUGCAGCUUCAGCAGAGAACCAGGCCUUUAUGAUGACUCGAACUAAUGAGAGGCAGGAGAUGGUGGCCCUCAAUGACCGCUUGGCAGCAUAUAUUGAAAAGGUGCGAACCCUGGAGUCCAAAAACAAGCUGCUGGAGGCUGAAAUUGAGACCCUGAAGAGCCGCCAUGUCAGACCGUCAGGCCUCAGACAGUUGUAUGAGUCUCAGCUGAAGGAUCUCAACAGGGUUGCAGAGCAAAUGAGAGGCCAGAGGGAUGUGUCUUUGGCAGCCAAGGAGGCGAUGUUGGGCCAGCUAGACAUGCUGAAGGCCAAAUAUGAUGAGGCUGUGGAUGCCCGGAAAAAAACGGAGCACGACAUUGAAACUCUCCGUCCGGAUGUUGAUAGAGAAACCUCAGCACGGAUUGUGCUGGAGAAACACCUGGAACAUCUGGAGGCUGAGCUGGCCUUCCUGCAGAGAGUUAACAAGGAGGAAAUUGAGGACCUGAUGCAGCAUAUCUAUUCAGCGACUUCCAAGGUGCACCUGACCUAUGGCCUCCCAGACCUCUCCACUGCUCUCAAACAGAUUCAGUCUCAAUAUGACAACAUUGCAGCGAACAACCUACAGGAAAUGGACACUUGGUACAGGUCAAAGUUUCAGGAUUUGAGCAGCGCAUCCACAAAACACGUUCAAAGUGUUCGAAGCGUGAGAGAGGAAAUCACAGGCUAUAAGAAGGACAUUCUCAGCAAGGAACGCGAAUUGGAUGCACUGAAGACAAGAAACGAGUAUUUGGAGGCUCAGAUUCGUGAUGCAGUGGAAAAAUACAAGAAGAAGGAGGAGGACUUACAGGAGCAUAUUGAGGCAAUUAAGCUGGAUUUGAAAGUAACAAAGGAGAAGAUUGCUUUGCUGCUGCGGGAAUAUCAGGACCUGCUAAAUGUAAAGAUGGCUCUGGAGAUUGAGAUCACCACUUACAGGAAGCUGAUUGAGGGAGAAGACAGUCGACUGAGUACCAUGGUCCAAAACCUUUCCCUCUCCGGAGGCCUGCAUCUCUCUUCCUGUGUGAGCAUGCACGCAGCCUCGGCCUCAUCUUCAGUCUCAGAUAGUUCUGCCCCUGUAGCCAUCUCGAAGGUAGAUGUAGCCUCUGGCGACUCAGCCAGUAGCGAAGCUGAGAAAACCCCAGGUGCCGGCAGCGCUGAAGUGGAGGCAGCCUCAUCAGACAUGCAGACAGACUUAGGGGAGCAGGCAACUGAGAUGUCUGAGAGGAAGACUGUCCUCAUCAGAACAGUUAAGACAGAUGAGGAGACUUACGAGAGCAACACACAGGAGCGCACCAUCACCAUUUCUGGAGCAGCCGAUGACACAGAGGAAGAAUAGAUCAUUUAUCCGUGGCAAAUCUCACUGAGUGACCCUCACCAACAUUUCAUGUCAUAUUUUUCAGUUGUCCUGAGUGCUUUGAAAAUCCUAGAAUUAAAUACUAAACUUAAGAGAAGACACACUGUACAACAUUUAGAGGAAUUAUACCUUAUACUGAAACAGCUUGUGUCCAUUUCAAGGAUCGUGUUCGUUAUGC